GUUAACACGCCACUACAUGUGUGGAUGGUUCAACAUUUUUAUGUUUUUUUUUUUAUAAAUUAGUUGAUCCCGUGGUAAUACGCGAAUCCUAAUAAUAGAAAGAAAACAAGUGCAAUUUGAAUUCUCCUACUAACAGCAGUACACACUCCUCACUUGUCUACACUAUCUUUAUCCUGUACAUAUCUUCUUCAUCUUCUCCAAUCUCUUCUCAACCAUUAUCCACCAUCAUCUACACCACAAAUGGAAAACCCUAAAGGCACCAUCGUCUUCACCACCGUCGGCCGCCCACACUACGGCUUCGACAUCUUCUCCACUCCACUACCUCCCACUCUCACCGACUUCUCCUCCUCUCCUCCCACCGAACACCGCCUCACCGACGGCGUUUCCAUCAACUUCAACGCUCAGUUCGUCGGAACCGACGAUAACCCCCGCAGCAUCGUCUACGUAUCCGAGAGAACCGGUUCACCUAAAAUCUACCUAGAUUCGGACCUCUUACCUUCUGCUCCGGCGAGCCUGUUUCACGACCGUCCGAUCAUCAAAAACAACCGUCUGUUCUUCAUAUCAGCUCACGAGCCGCCGGAUUCACCGUUCAAAAGCUGGUCUGCACUUUACACUAUUGAAUUGAACGGUUCCGGUGACGGUAAGGUAACUCGAUUGACGACGUAUGGAUGUGUUGAUUACAGUCCGUCAGUUUCUCAAUCCGGUGAACUAAUCGCCGUCGCAUCGUACGGUUCUCGGCGUUGGAACGGUGAGUUUCAUCAUCUGGAAACGGAUAUUGUUGUUUUCCGGAGAACUGAUCCGAAUAAGCGGUGGAGCGUUUGUUCGCUAGGCGGCUGGCCUACGUUUUCUGGCGAGAGUACUAUCUACUUCCACCGGCAAGCAGACGACGGUUGGUGGAGCAUUUUUGUUGUAGAUUUACCGUCAGGUUUUGACGUUCCGGUAACCGCUCCUCGACGCGUGACUCCUCCUGGUGUUCAUUGUUUUACUCCGGCUGCUAUGCAUAACCGCCGUCAAAUCGCCGUCGCGACACGGAGGAAGAGCGAAAACUACCGCCAUAUUGAGAUCUACGAUCUCGAAUCAGAAACAUUUUAUCCGGUAACGAAGUUGUUAAACCAGAACUUUCAUCACUAUAAUCCGUUUGUUUCUCCUAACAGCGGUUAUCUAGGUUAUCACCGAUUUAGAGGUGAAAUUGAAUCAAGUGACAGUGAGUGUGAGUCGAUUGUUCCACACUUAAACCUAGUUUCAUCUCCGAUUAACGAGCUUCGAAUGUUGAGACUAAACGUUGCAUUUCCGUCGUUUUCACCUACCGGAGAUCUAAUCGCGUUCAAUCCUGAUUUUGAUUCAAAAGCCGGUUUAGAUAUCGUGAAAUCCGACGGUUCAAAGCGGUGGAGUUUGUUAAAAGGACGAACAACAUUCUACAAUUCAUGGAGUCCAACGGAGAAGAACGUUAUAUUUACAUCAAUCGGACCGAUAUUCGACUCUGUUAAAGCUACGGUGCAAAUCGCUAGGGUUUCGUUCGAUCUAGAACAACUUGAAGAUGAUGUAAUAGAUGUAAAAGCUGAGAUUAAGAUACUUACAAGAGAAGAAACCGGCAACAAUGCGUUUCCGUCAUGUUCAGCUGACGGAAAACGGUUAGUGUUCAGAUCUGGACGGUCAGGACACAAAAACCUCUACAUAUUAGACGCUGUUGACGGAGAGUUUAACGAACACGGAAUCCGGCAAGUAACCUACGGUGAUUGGAUCGAUACGAUGCCGUGCUGGUCGCCGGACGGUAAGCUAAUUGCGUUUUCUUCUAACCGGCAUAAUCCGACGAAUGUUGAUGCGUUUAGCAUCUACGUAAUGUGCUCCGACGGAAGUGACGUACGGCGGAUCUAUGUUGCCGGAGAUGAAGGAUCUGAGGAGGUGGAUAGGGAGAGGAUUAAUCAUGUGUGUUUUAGUGGCGACGGCGAGUGGUUAUUGUUUACGGCGAAUAUUGGUGGAGUGACGGCGGAUCCGGUGUCGGUGCCGAAUCAGUUUCAGCCGUACGGUGAUUUGUAUGUGGUGAGGUUGGAUGGUAGUGGCCUCCGGCGGCUGACGUGGAACGGUUAUGAGAAUGGAACUCCGGCGUGGUUUCCUGGUGAAAAGGAGUUGGGGUGUUUGGGGUUAAAUAGUGUUGGGGAGAAGUUGUUGGGUCAGUUUGAUGAACCGCUUUGGAUCAGUUGUGAUAUUUAAUGGGCUUUUGCAAUGUUUUGAAAACCGGUUCAAACCGGUCUUUUAUACCGGUUGAACCGUCCUUUCGAACCGCUUAAACUGUCUGGUACACCCGUUUGGACCAUCCAAUACACUUGAUUAAACCGUUUCUAAGCCAAAUCAUAUAAAAACCAGGUUCUAAAACAUUGGGCUUUUGUGAUUUUUGUUUAUGGAAAAUUUCAAAUAAGUUAUCUCAUAAAUGUGAGUUUUGUGUUCUUGUAUAUUUGUAUUUGCAUUUGGCCUCCAUAAAACCUGAAUAAAAUUUGUUUUUUUUU